UGGUGUGCUGAGCGCACAAUGUUGGGGAGAGGGAGAUGGGCGGGGUUUCUCUGUAGGGUCACACUGAGGACCCUGGCCCCGUCCUGGGAAGCAGCGCCGCCUCUACUCCUAGGUGGCAGCUAUUUACCGUUCUCUCGGGAAGCUCGAGCUGCUAAUUUAAUAAAAACAGAUCCAUGCUAUACACUGAAAUGAUUAAAAUCCCAGCUAUCCUACUUUCUUGAAGACAUCAAGAAAACAUGGACAAACCAGAAGUCUUUAUGAGAAAGCUUCCAAUCACCCCAGGAUACUCUGGAUACCUCCCUCUCAGGUUCAGCAGAAUGGGUGCUUCUUUCAACAAGGAUGCCACUUACUGUCUACACACAUUGAACAAUAUGACUCAGAGACAGAAAGAUCAGCAAGAUGCACUGCGCUGCAAAGCCCUCAUGACGGAGAGACUACAACAAGUCUGUUCCAAGGAAACGGUUUUAAGGAUGAUACAUGAUUAUUAUCUCCGCCAUCACCCAAGUCAGAUAGAAGAUAGACAUGGAAGGAAGCCUUUACCAGAACCACCCAUUCCUGGCUGGGAUGGCUAUCUGCCAAGAGCCAGGGUUACAGAACUUGGCUGUGGUGAGCGUUAUAAUGUGGUGGCAAAAAAGAGUUAUGCAGAUUUCUUGAACAUAUCAGAAACACACAAGAGAGGUCCAUUUAAACGAUAUCAGAGCAUAUUUGGAGAUCAACCACUUAAAACUGCCCCAAUAAUUCCAGAGUUUUGCCAAAAAGUACAUCUAAACCGUCCAAAUGAAGACACCAAUAUAAAACCCACUGAGGAGAGUCCACCAUCCCUUCCAUGCCGUAUCUCUCCAAAACCAUAUCAUGGACCCUGUGGAUUUCGAAAAUACCUAGAUCCACUGCCCUACACAGGCUCCGCCGGGGGCAAUUUAUCUGUUCUGGGAACCUGUCAGUGCAAACCAAGCUUCCACUAAAGAAAGAGGACCCUGAAAUCUACAUCUAGACCCACUGGAUUUAAAAGACAUGAAAGACUUUGGGAAA